GAAAAAAAAAAGCGAAGACGGUGUCGCUGCUAACCAACCCACCAUCCGCGUCUCUGACCGCCGUCCUCUUUCCCACCGCGACAUGGCAGACAGACGGCCUGACGCUGAAGAGAACGGUCGCGCAAAACGGCAAAAGACAGACGGUGCAGACAUGGACCCUAAGGCGAAUCCGUACCUCGCGCAUUGGAACAAUGACGAACAGGAUGGCUACUCCAACGGUCAAGAGGGCAAAAAGUCAAAGAAAGAUCUUCUGGCUGGCUUCACCAGACAUAGAACAACUGCCGAGCAGGCGAGAGCGGCCGAAGAUGGCCCCUUCAACCCGUUCACUGGCCAGAAGUUUAGCAAGCGAUAUCUGAGCAUUUUGGAAACCAGGCGCAAUCUGCCUGUGCAUGCGCAAAGAAACGAGUUCCUCAAGCUCUUUCAAGAAUCCCAGAUCCUCGUCUUUGUCGGUGAGACUGGUUCUGGUAAGACGACCCAGAUUCCGCAAUUUGUGCUGUACGAUGAUCUCCCCCAACUCCACGGCAAGAUGAUCGCGUGUACACAGCCGCGCCGUGUGGCAGCAAUGUCUGUUGCCGAGCGUGUCUCACAAGAGCUGGAUGUGGAGCUAGGCGAGGAAGUCGGUUACAGCAUCCGCUUUGAGGACAAGACGUCGCCAAAGACGAUUCUGAAGUACAUGACGGAUGGUAUGCUACUGCGCGAGGCGAUGACGGACCAUAAUCUGACCCGAUACUCGUGCUUGAUCCUCGACGAGGCGCAUGAGCGCACCCUCGCGACGGACAUCCUCAUGGCGUUCUUGAAGGAGGUCGCUGUGAGAAGGCCAGACCUGAAGAUUGUCAUCAUGUCUGCCACUCUUGACGCUCAAAAGUUCCAAAAGUACUUCGCUAUCAACGAAAAACCUGCGCCGCUUCUCGCUGUGCCAGGCCGAACACACCCAGUCGAGAUUUUCUACACCACGGAACCAGAGCGUGACUAUGUCGAGGCAGCGCUGAGGACUGUGCUUCAAAUACAUGCCACGGAGCCGGAAGGCGAUAUUUUGCUUUUCUUAACCGGCGAGGAGGAAAUCGAGGAUGCGUGCCGGAAGAUCAGCCUAGAGGCGGAUGAGAUGAUCCGAGAGGCAGACGCUGGACCGCUGAAAGUCUAUCCGCUUUACGGAACACUUCCUCCACAGCAGCAGCAGAAGAUAUUCGAGCCAGCGCCACCACCGAGAACAAAGGGGGGUAGGCCAGGCCGAAAAGUGAUUGUCUCGACGAACAUUGCCGAGACCUCGCUCACUAUCGACGGCAUAGUCUACGUGGUCGACCCUGGUUUCUCAAAGCAAAAGGUAUACAAUCCACGCAUCCGUGUCGAGUCGUUGCUCGUCUCGCCCAUAUCGAAGGCUUCGGCUGCACAGAGAGCUGGUCGUGCUGGUCGUACUCGACCUGGCAAAUGCUUCCGACUGUACACGGAACAAGCGUUCAAGAAAGAGCUCAUCGAACAAACACACCCAGAAAUCUUGCGCUCUAACUUGUCUAUGACCGUCCUUCAGCUCAAGAAACUUGGCAUCGACGAUCUUGUGCACUUUGAUCUAAUGGACCCUCCAGCGCCGGAGACUUUAAUGCGGGCCUUGGAAGAGUUGAACUACCUUGCGUGUCUCGACGACGAAGGAGAUAUGACCGAACUGGGUCGUUUGGCGUCCGAGUUCCCGCUCGACCCAGCGUUGGCAGUCAUGCUGAUCUCAAGCCCCGAAUUCUACUGUUCCAACGAGAUACUUUCGAUCACGGCGCUCCUGUCGGUCCCACAAAUCUUCGUGCGGCCAGCCAACGCCCGCAAACGUGCGGAUGAGAUGAAAGAGCUUUUUGCACAUCCGGACGGCGACCACCUCACCAUGCUCAACUGCUACCACGCUUUCAAAUCUCCCGAGGCCCAAAAGGAUCCCAGACAAUGGUGCUACGAUCACUUCCUGUCGUACCGUGCCCUGCAGCAGGCAGAUAACGUGCGCCUGCAGCUCAAGCGCAUCAUGGAGUCCCGCGAAAUCGAGCUCGUGAGCACGCCCUUUGAAGACAAGAAAUACUACGAGAACAUCCGGCGCGCCCUUGUCGCUGGGUUUUUCAUGCAGGUCGCCAAGAGGGAGAGCGGCGGCAAGACGUACACCACGGUCAAGGACGAGCAAAGCGUGCUGCUGCAUCCGAGCACGGUGCUGGGUGUGGACGCAGAAUGGGUCAUUUACAACGAGUUUGUGCUCACGACGAAGAACUACAUCCGAACGGUUACGCACGUCAAGCCAGAGUGGCUGCUGGACAUCGCACCGAACUAUUACAAUCUUGACGACUUCAAGAACGGGGAGAUCAAAACGGCGCUGAAGAGGACGAUAGAAAAGAUGCGCAGGAGGGAAGCGAUGAAGAGGUGAGCGGUGGUAUUUGGAAGCGCGUCAAGUAGAAAAAAUAACGGCGUUUUUUCUCAUUGUUGGUCAUUCCACACAAAAGAACACACGAUGACCAAGAUGGCGGCAGACUUUGACCAGAGUCUUCCAUUCAUGGCGCACGUUUUAGACUUCAACUCCCACUCUCAGUGGUUUAAGAAGCUAUCCCAACCAGUAGCUUUUAAAUCAAAUCUUUUUUUUUUCGUUCGAGAAGUAUCCUCACCAUAACCAGUUUUAGUUUUAGCGCAAGAGUUAAAUAUAUAUAUAUAUACCAGAGGGCGACACCGCGAAAUCGAUCAGCC